CACGGCUCGAGGGCUAAAACCUUCCAAUCCUGCUUCAGCCAACACCGCGCCGAUGUGAAGUUCCCCCCCCACCUCUCGCACACGCGCGCACACGCGCCCCGGGGCGAGGGGAGGGCGCAGGGGAUCGCAGCCCAGGUGCCAGCGCCUCCUCGCCCCGCUGGCCACUGCUGGGCGGCCGAGGGGCAGCAGCACCGGGCCCCGCGACACGGAGAGCCCUCGCUAGGGCCGCAGCCGCGGGGUAGGAGAAGAGCGGAGGAGCGGAGCGGCCGGAUCCUCACCCUGCGGAGCCCCCCGGGAUUGCAAGGAAUUGUGUGCUCCUUCCCAGACGCGAGCGAGGGUUAUCCCAAAGAGGCAACCUGCUUCGCGCACUGCUCUCCUAAAUAAUCUCUUGGACUCUUGAGAGGACAGGGGGGCUUUCGGGACCAUGGCAUCGACAGAAGGCUCAUUGAACGUAUGAAAUCAUUAUGAUACCUGAAUCAGUGUAGCAGCCAUCAUAUCCCUUCUCCUCAUGCAAAUAGAGGAGGAUUUCAGCAGUCAGCACAUCUGAGAUGACUAUGCUGCUCCUGACAGCCAUUGCCCACUGAGUGCUGGAAGUGAUGGGAAGAAAGAACUAGAACUUUCACCUUAAAGCCACCAGCUCUACAUCUGCAGAGGGAGCACUGAAAGUUGCCACCGUGCCAAGAAUAUGCCUAAGCAAGUAGAAGUCCGGAUGCAUGAAAGUCAUUUAAGUCCAGUGGAGCACAGAUCCAGGAAUGUAUGUGUGCAGUUCUGCCAGUCGCUCCACAGGAAUCUGCUCCUGACUCUUACUGUAUUUGGCGUCAUCCUGGGUGCACUGUGUGGGGGUCUUCUUCGUCUAGCAACACCUAUUGACCCUGACAUCAUCAUGUUAAUAGCCUUCCCAGGAGAUAUACUUAUGAGGAUGCUAAAAAUGCUAAUCCUCCCUUUAAUUAUCUCCAGUUUAAUCACAGGACUGUCUGGUUUAGAUGCUAAAGCAAGUGGCCGAUUGGGUACAAGAGCCAUGGUCUACUAUAUGUCCACCACCAUUAUUGCUGCUGUGCUGGGCGUGAUUUUGGUUUUAGCCAUCCAUCCAGGGAAUCCAAAACUCAAGAAACAGCUUGGUCAAGGGAAGAAGAAUGAUGAAGUAUCUAGUCUGGAUGCUUUCUUGGAUCUGAUCCGAAACCUGUUCCCUGAAAAUCUAGUCCAAGCAUGCUUUCAACAGAUCCAAACUGUCACCAAGAAAGUGCUGGUGCCGCUACCCAUUGAAGAACCAACCAAUGUCACUGAUGCUGCUUUUGCUGUGAUGAAUGAGACAGUGCGUGAAGCACCAGCAGAAGCACAGCUGGUCAUUAAGAAGGGACUUGAAUUCAAGGAUGGCAUGAAUGUCCUGGGUUUGAUAGGAUUCUUUAUCGCUUUUGGCAUUGCUAUGGGGAAAAUGGGGGAACAGGCCAAGAUGAUGGUGGAUUUCUUUAACAUCCUGAAUGAGAUUGUAAUGAAGUUAGUAACUAUGAUCAUGUGGUAUUCCCCUUUGGGCAUUGCUUGCCUCAUCUGUGGAAAAAUCAUUGCAAUCAAAGACUUAGAAGUAGUUGCUAGACAACUUGGCAUGUACAUGGUCACUGUGAUUGUGGGUCUUCUCAUCCAUGGAGGAAUCUUCCUGCCUCUGCUCUACUUUGUGAUAACAAGGAAAAGCCCAUUUUCAUUCCUUGCUGGGAUUUUCCAAGCGUGGAUCACAGCACUAGGCACAGCUUCCAGUGCUGGAACACUACCUGUCACAUUCCGGUGCCUUGAAGAAAAUUUAGGCAUUGAUAAGCGUGUAACAAGGUUUGUUCUUCCUGUUGGAGCAACUAUUAACAUGGAUGGAACUGCCCUUUAUGAAGCUGUGGCUGCCAUCUUCAUAGCACAGAUGAAUGGAAUUGAGCUGGAUGGAGGCCAAAUAGUUACUGUGAGUUUGACCGCCACCCUUGCAAGUGUUGGAGCUGCCAGUAUUCCCAGCGCGGGACUUGUCACUAUGCUUCUAAUCCUUACUGCAGUGGGUCUCCCUACCCAGGACAUCAGUUUGCUUGUUGCUGUUGACUGGCUUUUGGACCGUAUGAGAACAUCAGUCAACGUAGUGGGAGAUUCUUUUGGUGCUGGCAUUGUCUACCACCUUUCCAAGGCAGAACUUGACACCAUUGAUUCUCAUCAUAAAGGGCAUGAAGACAUUGAAAUGACCAAGACUCAAUCAAUCUAUGACGACAUGAAAAAUCAUAGGGAAAACAACUCAAACCAAUGUGUUUUUGCAGCUCACAACUCAGUCAUAGUAGAUGAGUGCAAGGUAACACUGGCAACCAAUGGCAAAUCUGCAGACUUCAGUGCUGUUGAAGAAGAGCCUUGGAAAUGUGAAAACUAAGGGGAGAGAUUCCUAGCUUCGUCUUUAAUAAAGCUUGAAGCUAUCUUCUGACAAAAGAGAGCAUGGUCAAAGAAGAUUUCUCUUUUUUUCUGCUUAACAUCUACAGUUUCUUCUUACUUAAUUUCUUAACUGAAACUUGCAAAAAUCUCAUAAAGUCAUUGUAGUGUCUUUGCCAAGCAAUGAUCCAUAACCCUCUGUCUCCCUUGUGUUGCUGUUUGGAUGGUGCAGCUGGAGAAUACUCCAUGCAGUGCAGUGUGCUCUCACCUGCCUCCGCUUUCAUUUGAGACACAGAGAAUGUAAAUGCUGCAAAAUGGGAAGAUCAAAGUGCUGGUACAGUUCACUACAGGUACUCAGGGUCACAAAUAUAAGAAAAAUAUAACACUAUGUAAACCUUCAAGGGUUUUGGUGACUCUUGUGGCAUACCUGAUCUAUUUAGCACAGUAUGGCUAAAAUAUAUUUUGAAAAUGCCCAUAAAGAUUUCUGUUUGUUUUCAUAAUAACAUGCAUUGUAUUUUUGUGCCUAGUUUGUACCUUAAAAUUAACUUAGAUCCAGGGGCAAGAUAAAUGUAUAGAAGUCAAUAGAUUAUCUGAGAUGUUGUUAGAUCUGUACAACUAAUAUUUAGCAUGAAGGCAAGACCUUACAUUUGUAUGUGCAUGUGAUGUGUUUUUACCAGCUGUCCCAGGGCAGGUGCAGCCUCUAUUUUAUAAUGAAACUGUGCUGUUUUGUGACCAUAAUGCAUCAUGUAAUACAAAGCAGUAUUAUUGCAGAGGUGGUGCUUCACUAAAUCUAUGACUGAUGUACAAAAUACAGAAUACCAUGGGUUCAGUUAUGCCAUUCUUAAUUGAAGUAGGUAGCACCUUGCUAUUCACCUUGCUCCACUGAUGUCAAAGGGGUUCCUCGUGUAGACAGGACUACUCAAGUAAGGUACUACUAAGACUGAUCAUGGUUGUCAUGAUUGGGGACUUGAUAAUGAGCUGUAAACAAAUUCUGAAGCCAUUACUCUAAGAAACUGAGAGUUUUUUAAUGUGAUCAUCAGUAGCAUUUGGUAUGAAGUGAAAGCCAUCUUUCAAGUAUACAUCAUAUUUCAGAGAAUGGCUAAAUCCUAAAGUCAUUGCUCAGCCAAAUUCCAUGUGAGGUUAAUAGAGUUUGGCCUGGACUGAAAGAGGAAUAAACCAUAAUUUCAAGAUUGAGACCAGUACAUUGAAUAUACAUCUCUCUCUCUCUCUCUCUUGCAGAGUAACAAUUCAUAUACCUCUCUAACGUCAGAUAAAUGUUUCUUAGAGUACGAUAUCUGAAUUAACAAGAUGCUGUUCUGUCAACAUAGUAUAGGUGACUCAUCCUGUUAAAAGAAGUUACAGUCACAGUAAUCACCCUGUGAACUGUUUUUAAAGGUGCUUAAUACUCAGCAAUUUUAAGACACUGGUGAAUGCCAUUGUACUAUUAGCAAUGUUCUGUAGCAAAGCUGAGCCAUGUGGCCUUGGUAUGUGCUACCCACAGAACAAACUUUAUACAAUUUUUGAGGAGGCUCUCAGAGGCUUUCAGAAUGAAUCAGAAUAUGAGUAUGCAGUGAACUUAAAAAUGGCAGAAAAUAGAGUUGAAGCAUUUGUAGAAACGGGCGAUUCAUUCAUUGUCUGUGCUCAGACCUGUCAUGGGUUUAAAUAGGAAAAUGUGUCUAACUGUAGAGCAGUAUUUGGCUCUGUAGAAGCUACUAAAAUAUAAAUAUAAUCUGCCUUUUCUCAUCUGCUUUCAUAUAAAUAUCUCAAAAAAGUGCACAGAAACUCAAGCCACUUGCAAGAAGGCUGCUUGCACAAUUAAUGAUGGACAAGAUCAAAUCCAUUGUCAGAGUAUGGCUCAUUUAACCAUUUGGUGUCAUGGAAUAUUUUUCUUGCCAUUGUUUAUUUUGUCCUCACUUGCAUGCCGUGACUACAAUCCUAAGCAAAAUAGCCAAUAUAAUUUAACAAAUAUUGAACUACUGUGAAUUCUGCAGGUCCCUAACAUGUACUAGGGGUGGAGACCUUUUCCAGAGGCCUCCUGAAGCAUCUUAAGGAUUUUUUUUUUGUGAGGGCUGGAAUUGUAGGAUAUUCAGAGAAGUGGUAGGCAGGUUGUCUUCUCUUUUCUUCAGGCACUGGUGUUAGAAUAUCCAGGUUUAACCUAUAGCUUACUGCUGCUUCUCCCAAUUUGCAUUUGAAGACUUUUGAGUUUUUUAACUCUGGGUUAUGUGCCAGAAAUGUGCCUGGAAUGAUGUAUAGGUACUCUAAAAUGUUCCUUACUCAGAGUGCUGGCUCACAUCAAGUGAAAUUUGCUGUGACUCGGGUGAUAAUUACGGAAUCAUACAAUCAUAGAAUGGUUUAGAUUGGAAGGGACUUUAACGAUCAUUUAUUUCCACCCUCUCUGCCACAGGCAGGAGCACCUUCCACUAGAUCAGGUUGUUCAAAGCCUCAUCCAGCGUGGCCUUGAACAUGUCCGGGGAGGGGACAUCCACAGCUUCCCUGGGCAACAUGUUCUAGGGCCUCACCACCCUCACACCAUCUAAAUCUACCUUCUUUCAACUUAAAAGCAUUACCCCUUGUCCUAUCACUGCACUCCCUGAUGGAAAGCUCCUCACCAGGUUUCCUAUGGGCCCCCUUUAAGUACUGGAAGGCUGCUAUAAGGUCUCCCUGGAGCCUUAUCUUCUCUAGGCUAAACAGGACCAACUCUCUUAUUCUGUCCUCAUGUAGGAGGUGCUCCAGCUCUCUGAUCAUCUUCAUCCUCUGGACUUGCGCUGACAGAUCCAUGUCCUUUAUACCCAAGAAUAACACAGCAUUUACCCUGCUUUAUAUCUAGAAUUCUUGAGCUGUUUCACGUCCCUGCACAUUAACAUUACAUCCUUUUCACUGGAGCAGUUUCUUAGGAGCAGCCACACUAAUUGCUUACUUUGAAAGUAGUUUAGAAAACUGGUUCAUAUACUUUUAGCUGACAUUUGAAACUGUUUAGUAGUUGGAAAUAAAUAGGAGUGCCAGUAACAUGUGACUAGGCAGCUCCAUGUGACUAGGCAGCUCCCCAAAAUUACAUCUUGAGAAACACUUAGAAUAUGCUUACAGUUAUCCACUUGGCAUGUAUUGUCCUUUGAAGAGUGCUUCUUUAAAUGGAGAUUAGGGGAGGAAGGAAUAAGUUGCUAAAGAAACCCCACCCACGUAAGGGGGAAUGAAUUUAGGUCUUUUAAUCAGACUAGAGUAGCAGACUGUGACUUUGAAAUAGUAAUUCUGUAGAGUAAUAGAGUAACUCAGGGAUAUUUCAAAAAGUAAUUAUGAUGGUAUCUGUGUAUUUAAAUGUGAGUAUGGGAGAAGGAUAAAUGUUGGAUUUUGUAUAAUCCUCUGCAUUUAGCCUGACUCAAUAUUUCAUCUAGUGUUACUUCGGCACAGCACUGUAUUUAACCGUCAAAAAGCUUUCAAUUUCUCUGGGAAUAUGUAACUCACUCUUGGCUUGCUUUUCUCAAUUUGCUCAUUCCACAUGAGGCUGGUUGCUACUUAACUAAAUAAACAGAAAAUAACCCAAGAACCAGCCACUUCAGUUAAUACAAGGUUCAUGUUUCAGCAGGCAGUGCUGGUUACUGGCCAGAAUCUUCUUAGUUUCAAUAGGAGUGUUGAUGCAUUAAUUUGCAUCUGGCAAAUCUUUUGUAUUUGCUCACAGUGCUGGAAUGGCGAAGUUAAAGGAAAUACACAGUGGAAAGUGAUUUGUUUUCUGUGUAGUUCCUAAAAAUUAACAUCUCUUUCUUCAUUGAUAUUAUUUGCUGCUCUGUCAGUUCUUUCCCCCACAAAGCAUUUGUGAUAUUCUUUGCCCUUUGGUUUGCUGACAGCACACUGGCACAUGGAAAAGUCUUAUGCAUUUUACUUUAUGCAUUUGCUUCUGAAGCUAGGUCAGCAUUCUCUUAGUGUCUGUUCUUUGAAACUAAACAGCACUACACAUUAAAACUGCAGAAGAGAUGGAGCACUUUGUUACUGAAUUAGUUUCUUCAUUGCUUUCCUUAUAAGACAGAAGCUGCACCAGCAUUGUAAGAAACGUGUGGGUGUCACUAAGGUGCUUCAAAUAGGUAAAGGUUAAGCCAUUUGAACCAUCUUAUGUGAUGUUCCCCUUCCACUUGAUUAGUAUGUCUUUGAAAAACUGUGUUUGCUGUAGUAGUAACACCUGUGCCUGAAACGUUCUACUAGUUCAUGAAACUACACGAAAGCACUGCUGAAAUCAAUGGAAGUCAGAGGCUCCCAGGAGGUCAAGUCCUUUCCUGUCUCCAUUAAGUUAUAAGACAUUUCACAAUCCCAUCCUAGGGAAUAGUCUUUGUCUGCUAUUUUUAAUGAUGCUGAUUCACACAUCCAAAAGAUUUCUGCCAAAAUGCUUCCUUUUUUGCCUAAUUGUUUCUAUGCUACAAGUCCAGCCAUGAAUUUAAAACAACACAAAAAAAAAGGAUCACUAUCAUUACAUUUUUUCUCCAUUUCUUCCCUGAGCUACAGCUGAUCUUCAUGUCUUUCUCAAAGCACAUGGAAUUUCAAACUUUGUACUACUUUAAAACAUGCGAGGAAUAUAGAUUUCUUAUUUGCUUUCCAUCACUCCCAGGUCAUUAGUUUUCUGGCAGAAAAUGCUGAAAAGAGCAGACUGUUCAUCUGAGAAGCUGCAGAAACUGUGUUUGAACAAAUGUUUUGUGGCAACUGCCUGGAUUUUCUUUGCUUCCUUGCCAUCAUUUGUGUUCUUGCAGUAUUGUUGUAGCAAUAUGGCAGCAAUCACACAAAUCACCAAAACCAUAGGCAGUAUUAAACCUCACCUCUGAUACUCACUUCUGUAAUUAUCUUUAAAAAGGCUCUGAGCUUUAGUACUGGGCUCGGAAGAAUCCUUUUGUGGAGUUGUAAAGUUAUAACUAUUCCUUAUUUCAUUAAGUUUGAUUUGUCUAUUUUUCUUGCUGCAUUUAAAUUAAUUUACAGAAGGAUAAAUAAGGGCACUUUAUAGAAAUGUACUGUAAUGUUAUUCUUUUGUAAGACAAAAGACUGUCCUUGAUUUUAUUACUGUGACUUCUGAGGCCACAAUUAAGGUAUUUUUCGUAUUAGUAAUUAUGUGUAUAGUCCAUUCAGACAGUUUACCUUCGCUGUAAUUCAUCAUAUAAAACUAUGUUGAAGCUCCUGUUCCCAGCAGAAAGAAUGCUCUGGAAGAGAAGUUCUUUUCAUCUCUACAAUCAUAUUGAUGACUUGAAAGAAAAAUAGUAACCGAAUUCCUGAAUAAUGACAUAUGGUAUGUAACUUCAAGUACACUUUUGUAAAAAAAAGGAAUUGCAGUACUGAAGUGUAAAAGAAGGAGGCAAACGAACUGUUUGGCUUUGCCAUAAUAUUUUUUAAAAUAUUAUGUUCUUGCUCACAAUUUACCUAAAUCAAUGUAUUUAGUGCAUAUUCCUUACAAAGUCAUUGAUCUUUCUUUCCACAUAGACACCAAGACUUUGUCUGUCUGUGGUCCUCAUACAAAGCACAGACUCUGUGGUUGUACACACCUGAGGCAGGACUCCCCAGCAAGUGCCUGGGUACAGUGUGUACAAUGGAUGACUCCCUCAUUUUUAGCUCCUGAUCAAAAUCUGCUGCUCUGAAUGAGUCAAACCACUGUUGAUGCCCAGGUGCUGGUAAUACUUUCACUUCCUGUAUGAGUGGACAUCCUGAGGAGCCAUCCCUCGUAUGUGCCCACCAUCCUAGAUAUCUUCCCCUACUCAAGGGAAACCUGGUGACUUGCCAUUACUGGAUUGAUACAAAUCCUAAUGGAUAAGGUGGUUUUGAAGUUAAAACUGAGUCUUAUUGUAAACGCUGGCUCCAAACACUGAGAAAACCUAGAGUAUGUGACUGAGUCACUGACUAGGUCUCUACUAGUCCAAGAUGGAAACAACCAGCAGGAGGGAUUUGGGGAAGCAAGAAUGCUUGUGAUAGUUCUCAUUUCACCCACCCUUUUAUUUCCUUUUACUUCUAACUACAUUCUGCUGCAGAGCUGAUGAUGUUCAAUGCCAGAGUUCAGUUCUUCUAGACUGUUUUUUUUUCAAAAUUCAGGAGUACUGUAAUUGUUUUUAGUGAUGCUCUGUGGUGCACACCUUUACACAAAGGUAAACUUUCACAGGCAACAUCACAGAACCUGGAUUGUCCAGUACCCGUAUAUUGCUUUAUACAUAAAUAGUAUAGUUUGCAGGGACUUUUGUAUCAUUCCUUUCUACUUCUUUUCCUACAGUUUUUCAAAAACUGUAUGCAAACUGUUUACAAAUUUUGCAGCCAGUAUUGUAGAUUACUUAAUUUCCAUUUUGGUGUUUUGUAUGGUUCUACAGGUUGCCCCUCCUUCUUGAAGACAAUUGCAUACACUUUCAUUUCACACAUCCUGCUCCUUUCUUGAAUAUAUCCCAUUUCCUAUGAUCUGGUAUGAAUUCUAACUUGUAGAAUGCAUGAGAAAAAGCAGCAUAUGUAUUUAUAUUGUUAAAUAUUAUAUGCUCAAUACUGAUUCAGUUAUUAAUACAGGUUUUAGGGGUUUGUACUUGUUCUCUGGAAACUAUAGUGUAGAUUGAACUGAAUAGCCUAGUAUCUGUAAUUUACAGACACACUAAUAUUUUCUUAUCAUGUUUUCUAUAUGACCGUAUAAAGUAGAGGGAUAAUCCUCUAAAGGUGAUUUGUACCUUAGAAUGAAACCAGGUUUUUAAUAACACUUAGGAUUGAUGAAACAUUUUUGUGUUGUGGUUAGUGGUGAAUUAUAAAGAAAGCACAAAAUGCAAGAAGCAAAUAGGAAUUUCAAGAUGUCCUUAAAUGCUGCAGUUCAUUAUGGAACAGUGUUAUAAUAAUCUGAACAAUCUUCUAGAUUGACUGUCUCAGGCAAUUGCCCCUCAUUUUUGUCAUUUUUCCUGAUGUUACCUUUGCCAAAUCCUGCACGUCUUUCUUAGGAUCUGAUAACGUAUAAUUUACUAACUCAGAAUACAGUUAUAAAACUGAAGAUCUAGGUAGGCAAAAAAUAUAUUAUCAGGUGCCCUGUCCAUCUUGUUGUAUAUUGAGUUCAGCAUGUGGAAAUGAUUCAUGAUUUGGCCAUUUAUCUUUGCCUUCUUGAAAAGGGACCAACAGAACUACCAUGAGAUCAGUGUAAUUGGGUAGCAUCCAUCCAAACACCUCUUGCUAUUUUAUGUAUUUUAAAGAGAACAACAACUAUAUUUUUUGACCAAGGCAAGUGGGAGUUGAUUCUCUGUUAUGAUCAUCUGUUCCCAUUAGGUAAAUACCUGUUGGCAUUAAGGCUGUGUCUAUAAUAAUUUCUGUUUAGUUAACAAGGAACUGGUUUUAGAAGAAUAAAAAUGAAUUAAUAUAAAUAUUCAUAACAAUUAUAUAACAAAAAAAAUCUGUUCCAGCCUACUAGCUCUUUGUCUGUGAUUCAAAAGUAAGAAAAAAUUGAAGUAGCAAGUACUGCUGUCCCAGUGUGACUGAUACUAGGUAUCUCUUAAACUGCUCAGAAAUCUAUGGCGCCAUGUUAUUCUGCUGAGGUUUUGGAGACUAAAUUUCUAGUAGGUAUACAUGUAGGAAAUGUGUUAUACACCCUUGUUUUGAAAUGUCUUUUUGUAUUUUAAAUCAGAUGUACCAGGUAUUAUCUUAAUAGGAAUCGCAGGCAGAAUAGUGCUGAGUUACUAAUAGCUGUAAAACCUUAUUGAUACCAGUUUUGACAUUUUGUUGAAGCGUGAUAUCCAGUGCCUUUGCACAUAGUGUAGAAGAUGUAGCUAUCAAAAUGUAAUUUCAGUGAAAUGGUGUGUAUAGUACGCAUAGCAGUGCUUUCAUUUAAUUUAAUUGGUUUUGGUGCAUAGGACCACAGUAGAAAAUUAGACUGUCUUUUAAAAUUUUAGUUUACUUUGUGUUUUUCAUUUGUGUUUGUUUCCUGUUGGCCACUCAACUGAUUAGGUUCCACAGUUUACUAAUUGCUUUUUCUGUCUGCUGUGGAGUAUCCCAUGCUGAUAACAUUCAGAUCAUGUAGGCAGCCAACUUAUUGUAAAUAUGUUAUUUUUAGUUUUCGGCUAUCUAACCAGUGUGCUAUGUGUUAGUACGUGCAUGUAUGUAAUCCCCUGCCAAUAAGCGAAAGUGAUCGCAGCAUACAUUUUCUGCCUUGUGAAUGCGGUUGUUAUUACACUAAGAACUAAUGUUCACCUAGAAAGAUUAGUUUCUGUUUUGUUUUCUUCUUGUUUGCUUGAAAUGUUAGGACUCUUAUCACUAGAAGUUUAGUAAGUUACGGUUUAAAUUGGCACAAUGAAUAAGGUAAGAUUCAUCUAACUGCAUUCCUACUGGAUGUCCUGGCUUCUUUUGUCUCUGUGCACUGUACAUCAUUCAGCCCUUAGUCACUUCACAGCAUCACAGGAUCCAUCUAAGUCACUUCCAGUUCCAUCUCGACUGCAGAAGCCAGCAAAGCAAGUGCGGUGACAUGGCUGUCUGGGAAAGGCUGCAGGCAGCAGGGGACUGCUGUCUCUCUCUAAAGUGCCUGUGAAGUCAAACUAGGAAACUCUGCUUCACCCUCUUGGCAGAACAGUCUCUGAAAAAGAUGAAAGCACUCAUGGGUGAAGUUGCACUGUUUCUUUCAUUCAUUGUUAAAAAAGUAUAUUAAUAACUAUUGGAAAUUAAAUGCAAAGCUAAAUUCUUCUCAAGCUACUGUGCUUGUUUUGCAGGCCUGUUAUUUAGGUAAUGUAUGUCUGAUCAUAAAACAGAUAUGAACUACAUAGUCAGUGGCAAAAAUCUGAGGCUACAGUUCCUAUCUGUAAGAAAAGAAGACCUUUCUGGGGCAAAACCCGAUGAUGGUUCUGAAAGAGCUUGGGACAUCAAGAAGAAGCUGGUUCAUUCUUAGAUACAUUGGGCCUAGAUCUCAUAAAUAUAAUCAUCCCCUGUAAGUGGAAAGAGAUCAAAAUCAGGCCCCAAAGCUCAGGAAGUAUCCUGUUCAGUAAGUUCCAUUACGAUGCUACAGUAUUAAUAGCACACUACAGUACUGUGCACUGCCUAUUCAUCAUCCCUUGCCCCCUCUUAAAAGUGAUUUGAGAUGUUCCAUGUAAAAAUGAUAAAAAGGAAGAGGGAUAACACUGGUGUUUUCCUUACACUCAGAAACUUUCCAAGAUUUUUAAAUUACAUACCGUACAGUACCUAUAGCACAGUUUGUUUAGAAACUAAUGAUGGUGGAUAGUAAAAUUUCUCCCAAGUCUGCCUCUGUUCUAUGUUUAUUGUAGUUGGAAUGCCUCAUAGUCUGAGUCAAUUAUUGUAGUUCAGAUCCUUUCCUCCUUACAACUAUUGGUAGUCAUUUGUUUUUAAUGCUUUCUUACAGUGUGAACUGAUUUCUCUAACUUUCACAUAUAAAACAAAAUGUACAUUCUUUCUAUACUGGAAAUAGUUGUGAAUGUAAUAUUUCACUAAGUGUUGUACUGCUUAUGUACAUAUUAUGAAUAAAUGUUGAUUCAUAAUUUU